GCUCUAAACGCAAGUUUACGGAGCUCAUCGGACAAGGCGGCUGUGUGCUACGCUAGUGAAAAUUAAUGUAACCUUGCAAUGAGUUUCCCGAGGCGCGAUCGCAAGCGCGCGCAUUUGUUAUUCGAAAAAAAUCGCGGUGCCGUUGUUAUGGGUUAUUAUCGAGGACAUCGCGCCCUGUCAACGAACUAGGCACUCAAGAUCCACCAUCUUUGGCAGCGGAAGUAGCGGCGGAUGUCCCGGCAUGGAUAAUCCGUCAUACUUUGCCUUCCCCGACAAGGAUGUCACAGACAAUGCUGCUCACGCGUCUCAUGUGUCUGGCCCGGAACAGUAUUCAAGAUCAGCACCAGCCAGAGCUUGGGCGGAUGGCGGCAGACCACUACAGUCUCCACGACGAAGAGAACCCGAAAGUCCAAGACGCAAAGAGUUUAGAGCGCUCCUUCGUUCCUUGUCAGCAAAAGAACCUGAAAAAGCUGAAGCAUUUCUGAAGGGACAGCCACGACCGGGGGAUUGCGCUCCGGGGGAUAUGAGACAUACUUUCACUGCGCCGCGAAUAAAGAAAGGCAAGAUUAGUGCAACGGUGGUGACUUCAGAAGGCACAAAAGAACAUGAAGAAGUGUUCUACACUAUACCGCUGCCAGGACGUCGAAGACAUUCUGUUGGUGGAUAUUUAACAACAGGUGGCAAUGGGUCCGGUGAAGUAACAACUGUACCCAGUGAAGUACCAAAGAUGCCGCCUCCUCGAUUCCAUCAACACGAUGAAGAAGCAGUUAGAAGGAGACGACCUAAAAAUUUCCCGUUCAAAGAAAUGGAAGAUAUUGCCAUCCUUUGGAGUUCCGGCUCUCCAGAAAGUGCUUUAUGGUCGGACUAUCUCGUCGCGAGCUUUGAUAAAAUUAUGUCACAAAGAGCAAGACAUCAUUAUAGAGUAACCACUUUAACGGCUGAAGAACUCAUGGCCGCUGAUUCACAAGAAAAACUGGAUAAACUAGCAAAAUCUCAACUACAGAUUGUAAUACUAUGUCCAAAUCUCGCCACGAAAAUGCCCGAUCUAAAAAGAGAUCUCAACUGCGACGAGCUCUUCAAAGUGGACAAAGUUUUAGUCAUGUUGCUAGGUGUGGAGAAAAAUAAUGUAAUUGCCCAGAAUUGCGACGAUUAUCCUACAAUAGACCAGUGGCAAAUGAUGUCGGUACGCGAGAAGGAUACCUCUUUUGUGGACACCUUCCUCACAGCAGCCGUCGGAAUCCUGAGGACCAAGGACUGUAAAGAUACCGCCACAGAUAGAACAAGCUUCUCUAUCGUGCCAAAGAAAGUGAAAAUAGGUCAAAGUCGAGUGAUAGCGCUGCUGAACGACCCCAUUAGAGAGGAAGACAGUAUCAAGAUAAUGGUCGACAAGAAAGGCGAAGUUAUACAGAUACCUACGUUCAAGAAAAGAAACCCUUAUACAUUACAGUUCGAUAUACCAGAAUCCUGUCUGGAAGUAUCAAUGCUAGUGUGGGUACGAGUAAGCAAGAACGGCCAGUCACUGGGCAGGAGGCAAAUCAAGUGUGAGAGUAGAUUGAGAGAGCUGGACCAGUUGCUGAGAGCCUCCGACCAUCCUUUAGAAUUUAUGUGCCAGACAUUAGGUUUUAAGACGACUAGCAAGGAACAGCUUGACAGCUGGAUGUUGACCGCAUUCCAAAAGAAUAUUCCGCCUCAUUUCAACCUUUUAUCAUCAACCGAACAGUACAAUCCUAAAGCUGAUGUAUCAAGUGGUGAAGAAUAUCCCACUCUGCUCCACUGGGCAGCUCGAUUCGGUCUAGAACGAGUUUGCUGGCAGCUUCUAGAAUGUCCUGGAGGCGGCGCCGCGGUUGCCCUUAGAAACGCACGACAACGGACACCCGCUGAUCUAGCGCGAGACUAUAAACACUACAAACUGGCUGAUAUGCUUGCUGAUCAUCUUAAAAUCAACGAAUUUUCCAACAUGUAUUACUAUCUUAAAAACAUGUCGGAUCCAGACAAAGAAGGUAACACGGAUGAUGGUAAACAAGAAGAGCUGCGCAUCGUUGAAUCGUCUGAUACCGUCGACUCUCCAACACGCGAAAGCGCUGCAGAAAACGGUUCUUCAGAUCCCUUCAGCGAAACAUGCACUCAAAACUUAGAAGAUAAUGUAGUAAAAGAAGAAGAGGAUAUCAUGAAAAAGCGACGACCUAGCCUCAAAUUACCGAAAGUCAGCGAACAACUGUACCAAAAUGAUUUUCAACUUCGUGAUAACACAGCUGACAGAAUCCAACAAGCUAUCGAGCACGACUAUUUAGUCCAACCUUCGAACAUUAAAGUAGAAAGCCCUCAAUAUCGGCCAAAUAAUUUAUAUGUGAAUAGUUCGAGAUUGAUACCGCAACAGUCUGAACUUUGCUUAUAUUCACCCACCGAAGAAUCUAAGUCAUUCUUAAUCGACACGCCAACAUCGGAUAUAAGUCAAAUAAACCUAAAUACCAAAGAUAACCGUAACAGCGGAAACUCGGUUAAAUCUUGUAAAGAUGCAACGGGCCAAGAAGAACUUGCAGAAAUAAUUAACGAUUUUAAAAACAAUGUAUUCACGAUAUCUGAAGUCGAAAAACUAGUCAUGGAGUGGCGAAACAGAAAUGAAACACAACAAUCUCUAAAAGAAAAGCAAGAGCAGUUGAAUAAAAUGCGAGAAGAAUAUGAUAAAAUACAACAAAAAAUCAAGGACCAUCUAAAAAGGCCCACGCCUUUUGAGAGAGUUAAGAAAAUGUUUUCGAAGAGUAAAAAUAAACACCAAGAAAACAACACGGGAACCAUUGAGAAACGAAAUGGCAGCACCAGACCUAACAGCAGUUUAAGUGAAAGUUCAUCCUCUUCUGGCCGAUUAAGCACCGUCAGCGGUGGAAGCGUCGGAGAAACAAACAGCAUGCAAUCUGAACAUGACGACAAAGCCAGAUCUAUUAUCUCAUCCAGUACGCUAACAAUGAAUUCAGCGUGCGACGGUGAAAACCGUUUAGACGACUAUUUGAUUCCUCCCCCGCCACGGCCGGUCAACGGAUGCGCUCAAUUCACAACAUUUGGACAUCCGAAACACGAUAAUAGGAGCACUCACAUGGCAACAAUAGUGGAACGCGAAACGUCCGCGUCCCGCGAGCGGCUUGACGAGUCCGAUGCGACGCACCUGCGCAUGACGUUCGGUUCUCGACGUUGCGACGACAGAGAUGGCGCACACAUGUAUAUGAACAUUUCUGCUACACACACGUAGAUGUUUCGUUAGAAAAUGUCUUUAAUGUUAGAGAUUAUGUAAAAGUUUUUAGAGUAUACUAUGCUGAUAGUUAUGUCAAAGAAUAAGGUACUUUACCAAAUAAGGCACUGAAAUUCAUGCCGUCAAUGUAAAGGCAGUUUCUAGAUAUUUUUAAGUAUUUGCCUGUUAAAAUGACAACAUAAAAGUAACUUUAUCAGAGUGCUGAAACUGGUUCUUAUUAUUUAGAUGAGCAUUUACAAGGCAUUCUAUAAUAUUACACAUUCGGCUGACUUUUUGAAUAUUUUGUUAUUAUACACUUAAAAAUAAACAUUCGACAAUUCAAGCAAGACUGACACAUUUUUUUUCACUUUGAAAUGUAAAUAUUUGUAAAUAGCUGCUAGUUAAUGAACUAUUAUUUAUUUGGAAAAUAUUACAUUUGUGGUACAAAUAUAUUACUUGUAGUUAGUAUAAAUUGUAUGUACCUAAGUAAAUUACCACCUAGCCAUGUAUGACAAUCUUAGAUGUUUAAGACUCAAAGAAAACAAGAUUUUUUAUUAAUACUUUUAUAUUAACUUUCCCAAAAUGCAUUUAUAAUAUAUUAUGUAUAAAUAAAUGGAUAAACUAAGA